AUGGAAAACGACUUGCUUUUGGUUAUAAGUAUCCUUACAUUUUUGGCUAGGAUGAAUCAAACUACCAACAUACUGUGCAUUGAAAACUUUGAUCAACUAAAAGAUCUUGAUAAGUUUUUCUCAGGUUUCGCUAACUAUUAUAAAUCAUUACUGAAUGUCUCUACCGACAGGCACAAACAUCAAAUUUUCGUACGCAAGGACAACUACGAUCUCAUGGCUUACCUUGGUGAAGUUCUUAUCGCUAAUAACACGGAUAUACUCAUUUGUAUGAACAUAUUCUACAACACCACAGACUUUUUUCAAAUGGGUGUCUUUUCAAAAUGCGUGAGAAGAUUAUUUGAAGUUAAUUCAGAACAUGUCAAAAUCUACCCUAAGGGCACCGCUUGGGUGCGUGACAUUUGGCUGACUAACAGCAUGUGGAGCCUGAGUGAUUUUAUGUUGCAUGGUUGCAAGGGUAAUGGCUCCGUUGCAAAUACAAAACCAAGGAUAGCUGAAGGGUCCAGUCGUUUUUGGUACAAUCCCUAUAGUAAACCAUUCGAUUUUACCGAGUGUGUUCUUGGGUAAGU